UGUUAUUAGUAACUAAAUAUGAUCACAAUCCCAGAAAAAUUGGGCCUCGGUUGGGAAGAGCAAGUGGCAUUCUUUGCUGACAAUUCUCUGGGCCUUGAAAAUUCUGCCAAGAGCAAAAGUGAACGGAAUGGACCAAAUUCUGCAUACUCCGUUCGAGUUCAAGAAAUUAAAGGAAAGAACCAAACUAAAUCUCAUGCUUCAUUCGAUAAUCAAAAGCGAAUUCCCGGAAAAAAAAUGUUCGUAGGAAGUGUGAAGUCCCAAACUUCACGGUUUCAUGAAACCUACAGUGAGGCGAGCGGCGAGAUGGUGCGGCAGGGGAACGAGCGGACGACAGGGUCUGAUGGGCGAAGAGCUUGAAGGAUGAGCGCUGGCGGCGGGUGCGGCGGCAAGACAGGGAUGCCGGCAGGAUCGUCGUUCCUCUCGGAGAGGAAGAGGAUGAGCAGCGGCGGGCGAGUUUUUGUGGCUGAAAAAAUAAUAGAACGGUUGAAU